UUAUUGUUCUGAAUUUUGAAUCUUCCUGUGUUUAGGUAGAAUAACUUGCAGUUAAAUUAAAUAAUGAUAUAUUGCAUUUAUCAAACAAUCUUGCUAGAAAUAUUGCACACUACACAUGUAUAGGAGCUAUAAAAAUCAGGCAAAAAUGGCAGCACAGAAAUUAAUGAGUUCACAGAAAUUGAAGUUAAUUAUAUUCCUUGGGUCUACACGUGAAGGGAGACUAGGAGAAAGAGUUGGAAAAUUUGUUAAAAAUUCCCUAUCUGAAAAGUAUGAUAUUAAAGUGUUUGACCCAUCAGUAAUGGAGUUUGACCUGUUGAAGAAACCACUUCACUUCUAUAAGGAUAGAUCAGCUGCUCCCAAGAUGUUGUUAGAUGCAAAUGAAGAGAUCAAAAAUGCAGAUGCAUUUUUACUGAUAUCGUGUGAGUACAACCACUGUAUACCUCCAGCACUUGCCAACAUGAUUGAUCAUUUCCCAGGAAGUAGUUUCUCCUGGAGACCAAGUGGGAUCAUUACCUAUUCUCCAGGUAUAUACGGAGGAAUGCGUGCCGCAAUGCAGUUACGUGCUUUGACAGGUGAAAUUGGAUGCAUCAGUGUUUCUAACAUAUUUGGUAUCCCCAAGGUUCAUGAAGCAAUUGAUGAAGAUGGAGUUCCGAAAGAUGCCCACAUGAAAUCAGGUCUAGAAAAGCUGAUGAAACAGUUAGAAUGGACAGCUAUAGCCUUCAAGGACAUGAGAGAAAAGAAUGGAGUACCAUCGUAAUAUGUGUGUGUGGUCCUAUAUGUUGUACCAAACCCGUGUAAGAUUUAGAUAAAGACUAACCAUUCAACAAAGAUUCCCCCUCCAUCAUAAUGAUACAAACUUUAUAAACUAUGCAUGAUUGACAAUCACAGAUUGACAGUCUUGUCUCAGUAGCAUAGGAUGUCUCUUGUAUCAAGACAGUAUUAUAACUGCGUUGAAUGUUUCCAAAACAAGCAUUUCUUAAUAUUUUUUUCUUUAUAUACUUCCAUCAAUUAGAAAUUAUUAAAUCCUUAACUCCAUACCUGCAGAAUUUGUGUAACAUAUUUUCCAAGAUUUGAAUUUGGUACAGUCCAUACAAAGUUUAACAGUUAUUUUAAAAUCCAAACAUACAAGUUGAUAUACCAACAGUAUAGGACCUGAUGAUAAAAGAUUUUGGUUCUAGCAGGUUAAGAUUUAAAGGAUGUAAAAAACUGUUUAUUUAUUUUAAAAUAAUUUAAAGAAUAUGGAAGAUUUUAAUCUAUUAUCAAAAAAGUUUUUAAUUCUUUUUUCCUUUUAUUCUCGUCACUGAUAAGUACUAUAAUCAAGAUAAAUCUUUAAAACAUGAAAAGCUUGUUUAUUUAGGCCAUCCAUAAAAAAUUAUUUGUUUGAAGUGCUUGACCGACCCAUGAAAAUCGUCAAAUAUAGAAUAUUAAAUAAUUUUUGAUUUCAUUCUGUUUAUCAAAUGAAUUAUUAAUUUAAGUUUUACUUUUAUACUGUUAAAUAGAAUCAAUGUUAAAUAUUUAUUUUUGCAUAUCAUAUAUUUUAUAUUUAAGUGUACUAGUUUUCUCGACUUUUAUCUGAAUUUGCAAAAAUACAGAUUUCAAUCAAUCUGAAAUUUGUUAAUUAUAACCUUUUAAAUAGAUCUGAAUUUUGUAAUAUAUACAUGUAUGUUUGAUUUAGUCUUAAUUCUUACUAAAUUUAUGUUUAAAUAGAUCUGAAUUUUGUAAAAUAUACAUGUAUAUUUGAUUUAGUCUUAAUUCUUACUAAAUUUAUGUUUAAAUGCAUGUAGAUCUGAAUUUUGUUACAAAAGACUCUCUUGGGUCAGUACAUCCCUGUUUCAUUAUACCAUACCAGCACUGGUUAGUACCUGGGAAAAGAUUGGAGAGACAUUCAUAGACAUGUUUCUUUAACUUUAGAGAGAUAUUAUAUGCAAAUUAAGCAUAUUGUUUGCAUAGACUUGUGUCUACAGUGAUUCAAUAAUGUGUAUUGAUUCAAUGAGACUUUUGGAUAAUUUGGACCUAAAUUUUCAUUUCUGCAAAUAUGGCAGCAGAAUUACCUCAAUUUGUAAAAACAUCAUAAAAAUUGUGUUUAUCACUGUAAAUGUUGGAAGAUCCAAUACCAUUCAGGUUAGUGUUUGACAUUUUUUUUAAAAAUGGGACCUAAAUUGUUUCGUCUGGAAAUGUGAUGGAAGAAUUACCUCAGUUUCUAAAGAAAUCAUUUAAAUUGUCAAUGUAAUAUCAUUUUAUAAACACGAUUUUAAUAAUUUAUACUUACAAAGCAAAGUAUCAUUCCGCAAUAACAUAUUGAUUUCACAUUUUGUAGGCCAAUUAAAUUCUUAACAAGGAAACAAACUGUGCCUUUUAUUAAUACCUUAGUGAAAUUCAUAACUGAGUCAGGAAAUAUUUUUAAUUUGUUGCUUAUUUUGGAAAUCUACAAUAUAUUUUUAUUUGUUUGGGUCGUCAGACCAAUAAAUAAUGGUAGCGAAAUUUCAGACCCUGAUGUUGUUAAUUGCAAAUGCCGAAAGUAGUCCACUUUUUGAAGCGGUUACUUCCCUUUAUAUGUACACUAACGCCGAAAAAUUCAGGGGAGAUCACUGCGUAAAGAUUGUCAAAUGACAGGCGCAUUAAUUUUCAAGCAAAAUAGUUCCCGAAUGGUAGAAGAUUUCUUAUAUUGUUAUAUUCUUUAUAGAUAUACAUGCUUACAGUAAGCUCCAUGAUUAUUUACAUCUGUGUUAAACAACAGGUUUAGCGUCGAAAUAAUAAGGGUUACAAACCCUAAUUUAGAAUAAUAUGGUUUUCUUCAGGCCAUUAACUUCACCGUGGCCGAGGGGUUUGCAUGCUCGCUUAGGAAGCGAGAGGUCUGGAGUUCAAAUCCCAGUUUAGGCAGCUCAUUUUUUUUAAUUGUUUAAGUCAAAUAAACAUUGAAUUGAAUAUCAGAGUUGCAAUUAGUCGUAUAUAGCCAAUUUACUACAGUUAAAACACUGGAAAGCAUUGGUAGCACUAUACAAAAACAAAUUUGUUUAUAAUCUCACAACUUUCACCUUUCUGACACUCUGAGACCCAAACAAAUUCAGCGCCUUCUGUGCUUUGAUUUAGUUUGUAUCCUUGUACAUGUUUACUUUAUAGUUAUUAAUAUAUAUUAUAUUUGUUAUAGCAUUUUCUAGAACUUUAUAGCACACAAAUAAAUCUUGAAAUGUC